AUUGCCUCCUCCAUUAAUUUCUCCGGAUCCGGCUUCUUCCUCCCUCGGCUUCUUCCUCCUCGAACAAACCAUGGCUAUACUUGUCAUCACGGUGAACAUGCAAUGCUGCCGCUGCAAGGAGAAGAUUGACAAGAUCCUCAACUGCCUGAGAUGCAAGUAUUGCAUCGAGAAGAUCGAGUACGAGGGCGAGAAGGUGAUCGUGAGGGGCGGCUUCUGCGCGGAGGAGCUCCGCGAGUGCAUAUGGCGCAAGGCCGGCUGCAAGAUCGUCGUCAACAUCAUCAUCGUCGAGGUGUGGCCGCCGCCGCCGCAGACGGUGGAGGUCAAGGUCGAUGUGAAGACUGAGGUCACCGCCACCGCGAAGGCGGCGGCGGAGGCGGCGGCUAGGGCCACCGUCGAAGCUAUCAUCUGCAAGGAGAAGGAGCAGCACUGCAAGAAGCAGCCGGAGUGCAAGCUGGUGCCGUACCCGUACCCGGUGCCCUACCCGGUACCGUGCCAGCGCCGCCGUAAGCAGUGCGGCGAGUGCAAGCGCGACGACUGCCACGGCGGCUGCCGCGUCCGCGACUGCACGGGCCCGCCGCCUCCGCCGCCGUGCAAGUGCGGCGACUGCAAGUGCGGCGGCGGCUGCUCGGGCCGGGGCCACGGGGAAUGCGGUGGGGGCGGCUCCUGCUGCAAGACGACCGUCUGCUGCUCGCCGCCGCGGUGCCCGCCGCCGCCACCGCCGUGCCCAUGGGGCGGCGGCGGCGGCUACGUGGUCUGUCAGCCGGAAGACCCCGGCUGCACGGUGAUGUGA